GCGGAGCCCAUCGGGGGGGUGUAAGCCCGAGCGAGGCCAGACGGCGCGGCGGGUGGCGCAGCGCUUGGCGAGGCAAGGUGGCUCGUUCCCGGGUGGCGAGCGAGAUGAGCGAUCCGGAGAAGGGCAGCCGCGGGCAGCGGGAGCUGCUCAAGAUCGAUGGUGCAUCCAGCAGCCUUGGUUUCUGCGGCUGGCUCCUGGUUAUAAUUUCAUUCAUACUCGUGGCCGCCACCGCCCCUAUUUCCAUUUGGUUGUGCAUAAAGAUUGUCAAAGAAUAUGAGCGGGCCAUCAUCUUUAGACUCGGACGUAUCCUCAAAGGAGGUGCAAAGGGGCCAGGGCUGUUUUUUGUGUUGCCUUGUACGGACAACAUCAUCAAAGUGGACAUGAGGACCAUCUCCUUUGAUAUUCCACCGCAGGAAAUUCUCACCAAGGAUUCCGUGACGGUGAACGUGGAUGGGGUGGUCUACUACCGGGUGCAGAAUGCCACCCUCGCCGUCGCCAACAUCACCAACGCAGACUCAGCUACUCGGCUGCUGGCUCAGACGACACUCAGGAACGUGCUGGGGACCAAAAACCUUUCUCAGAUCCUCUCCGACCGGGAGGAAAUUGCGCACAGCAUGCAAGCCACUUUGGACGAUGCCACGGACGACUGGGGCAUAAAAGUGGAGCGAGUGGAGAUCAAGGAUGUAAAGUUACCCGUCCAGCUUCAAAGAGCCAUGGCGGCUGAAGCCGAAGCCACUCGGGAAGCCAGGGCCAAGGUCAUCGCUGCGGAGGGCGAAAUGAACGCUUCCCGGGCGCUGAAGGAAGCCUCGAUAGUCAUCACGGAGUCUCCCGCCGCUCUCCAACUCCGCUAUCUGCAGACCCUCACCACUAUUGCAGCCGAGAAGAAUUCCACCAUCGUCUUCCCCCUGCCCAUAGACAUGCUGCAAGGGAUUAUGGCAAUGAGGCACUAACGUUGGUGAAGGAGAGGAGAAGCUAGAUUAAAAGCAAAAGUCAGCCUUCGGCUAGGAGAGAAAUUGCAUCCUUUGUAGAAUUCAUAAGUAUUUUGCAUCAGCUGGAUCCUCUCUGUUGUCCCUCUGGACAAAUAUAGACCCCCCCAUUUUGCUUCUCCCCGUUCUCUUCUUUUAAAGAGAGAUUUCUUUUAUAUAAAUACCAAUAUAAUUUUUAUCAAUGUUUUUUCAAAAAGGAAGACAAAAACCAAUACAAACUAACAUCAAGGAAGAACAGGAAAAAAAGGAAAAUGGAAAAGAAAGAAAAAAAUUCCCAAGAAGUAACUUCCAAUCUUCUUUAUAGCAUUUACGAGUGCAGUUAUAAAUUUACCUCUUACUCUAAAGUUGCAAGGUAAUUCUCUUCUUUCUAUAAUCUGGCCUGUCUAAUCCUCAAAGGUAUAAAUUACGUUUUUUUCCCCCCACUUCAUGCAAAAAGUCUAUAGGUAAGGAAUUUAAAAAGAGGUUUUUUGAGUGCCUUGCAUCUCUUUGGAAGGAGAGUCAAAGAAUUGUUUGGCUUUUGAUUUAUUUUUUUUUUAAAAAACAAAAAUAUUUUCUUUGUUUUCUCUCAUGGGAGACAGCGUCCAUAGCGGCCAUGUUGUCAGAGAUUGUAACAACGCACAGAUUGUAGUCAUGGAGAUAAUAUGCUUGUUAGCUACGUAUCAUGUUCAGGUUACACACAAGUGUCUCCUUGCCUUAGUGACCCAUGUAAUCCAAUGCCUCUAUCUAUCUGAUUUUGCUAUCUACAUUUUUUACACAUAAAAACAGAGCAUUGGUUUUUUUUUAACCAUUUUUAAAAAGAGGAUGGUAUUUCAUUUCCUGGUUUUGAUUUUUUUUCUUCUUUCCAGAAAAAUAAAAACCAUAAAGGUAUCUCAUUUCCAGAAAUGAUGCUGAGUGCCUUUGAAUCUUUCGCUGAGCUUAAAUGUAUUAUUUCCUAAAAGCUAAGAGGCUCGAUGUUUAUUUUAAGACGUCUGUGGUCAGCUGCAUGGCGAUAUAGCUACCUGCUUAAUUUAACAUUAGGGCCUCCCCAUAGUUCUAUCUCUUCUACCACAUUCUCAGCCAGUUUAGAACAAUUUAUCUGAAAGAGCAAUAAAUCCCAGACGCUUCCUUUCAAGUUAAGUACAACGUUUGUGCUAAAUCUCAGCUUUUUGCUAAUAUACCACGUUGAUGUUUAGCCCCGUAUAUUGGUAUGUUUGCGUUGCGUAUUUUAUAAAGUUGAUAUCUGGUUGGAAUCAGAACUAUAGGUAAUUGUCACUGAAUAGCGUUGUGGUUAAUUGUAAUUAUUGUACUGUAUUCCGCAUUGUGUGUUAAGUUUUAAUAACAGGAAAAGAGGACUGGGGUCCAGUUUUAGAAACAUCAUAUGAAACAUCAUAUGAACAUCCGAUGAAAACCUAAAGGCUUUUUCAGUUGUCUGAACAAAUGAGCCUCUGUUGAAAUGUUAUACCAUCUUUCAUGUUCUCAGAAAUUAAAGUGGGAUCCGGCCAUUUUAAUUUCAUGGUCAUUUUAAUUCAGCUCACAAUUAUAGGAUCCAAAUGAAAGUAUCCCCCCCCCAAAAAAAUAAAACCAAAGAACAUUUUCUUUUAGCCCGUUUACCGAAAGUGCUCUUACUACCAUGUACGAAAGAGAGAAAAAAUUGUCAGUGAAAAAAACGUGUCUGAAUUCUAAAGUGUCCUUGUUGAUCAGCUGACGUUCCAAUAAAUUUUUCUUUUAUCAUG